AUGGGUGGUCAAAACCGUGAAGGUGGCAAGGUCAAGCCUCUCAAGGCCGCCAAGAAGGACAAGAAGGAGCUUGAUGACGAUGACAAGGCCUUCCUCGAGCGGAAGAAAGCCGAUGAGAAGGCACGCAAGGAGAUGGCCUCCAAGGCUGGAGGAAAAGGCCCCCUGAACACCGGCGCGCAAGGCAUCAAGAAGAGCGGCAAGAAAUAA